AUGCAGCCCAUUCUUCCCCCAGGUGAAAUAGAGCAACCUGUUUGGAUGGAUCAGGAAGGAAUAACGAACUGUUCGCUCUGUUCGUCUGAGUUCUCAGUUGUGAAGAGGAAACAUCAUUGCAGAUGCUGUGGAGCUGUUGUCUGCGGACCUUGCAGCUCAAAUAAUAUGGUGAUACCUGGAAUCAACAAAGAUAAGAGCCGCGUGUGCUCCCUCUGU